AUGGACCACUCCCCCUCUAUGAACCUGUCGGUGGUGAGUGGAGACGAGGUGGAGGACCAGCGACCCCUCCUCCCGCCCAGGACGGUCCCUCCACCUCAGGCCUGCUCUCCGCAGUGUGGGAUUCACCACACGAUCCAGAUGUCGGCCGAUCACACCGUGUGGCUGGACCGAACCCAGGCCAUGGCCACCACCCCUCUGUACAACGGCCACCUGUACGUCACGACUUCCCCUCGCUCCAGACAGAGAGGAGGCAAAGCCAAAGGCAAAGAGAAGAAAUGUGGGAAAAGAUCCGGGGGGAGCAAACAGACCCCGGGAAACAAGGAGAGGAAUCAACAGUGCAAAGUUAAAAACGUAGAUUCAAACAAACUUCAAGAAAGAGUCACUUCUUUCACUGAUGUCCCUGCUUCUCCCUGCCGGUCCCCCUUCAGGGGCCCCUGCAGGUCCCAUCUAGACAUCAAGGAGGUGGAGGGCCGAGGCAGCGUCUGUUUGGAGAUGCACGACCGCCAGAGUCUCCCCGAGAUCAUCAUCACCAGCAAAGAUGACGACGUCCAGUCACAAAACGAGACGUCCCGGUACCAUCAGGACCCGUCACACCCUAAAGGCCUGCUGCCGGGGGCAGAGUGUCCCAGUCCCAGCUCCAGCACCAGCUCCAGCACCGGUACCAGUCCUCCAUCCAGCCCAAAGAACAAGGCGGACGGCAAGGACGACCACUACUGGAAGACCCACAGCAUCGGCUGGCGGCUGGUCCGCAGGAGGGCUCUGUUCCUGAGGAGGCAGCAGCUGAACGACUGCGCCUUGGCGGUGGGGAUAUUCGGGGUGGUGCUGAUGGUGAUGGAGACUGAGCUCUCCUGGAGCGUCUACAGCAAGAGCUCCAUAUACUCCCUCACACUCAAGUCCAUCAUCAGUUUGUCCACGUUCAUCCUGCUCAGCUUAAUCGUGGGGUACCACUGCUGUGAGGUGCAGCUCUAUGUCCACGACAUCGGCUCGGAGGACUGGCGCAUUGCCAUGACGAGCGACCGCCUGGCUCUGAUCGCCCUGGAGCUGGCGGUGGUGGCCAUACAUCCCUACCCCGUGGGCCUGCUGUCCUACCUCCAGCAGACCACGUCCGACAUGCCGCUGUCGGAGACGGAGCUGGAGAUCGUGCUGGCUCUGCCCAUGUUCUUCCGGCUCUACCUGCUGGGCCGCGCCAUGAUGUUGCACAGCCGCCUCUUCACCGACACCGCGUCCCGCAGCAUCGGAGCGCUCAACAAGAUCCACUUCAACAACCGGCUCGUGGGGAAAACUCUGAUGACGACGUACCCCGGCACCGUGCUGAUGAUUUUCAGCGUUUCUCUGUGGCUCGUGGCAGCGUGGGGUUUACAUGUGUGUGAGAGACACCACAACUACAGAGACCUUAGCAGCAACUACAUGGAGGCGCUGUGGAUGGUCUCUGUCACAUUCCUGUCCAUAGGCUACGGAGACGUGGUUCCUCACACCUACUGUGGACGCAGCAUCUGCCUCCUCACUGGUAUAAUGGGAGCCGGCUGCACCGUGCUGGUGGUGGCGGUGGUCGCCAGGAAGCUGGAGCUGUCACGAGCAGAGAAGCAUGUUUACAACUUCAUGAUGGACUCACACAUCUCGAAGAGGCAAAAAAUUGCUGCGGCGAAUGUGCUGAGAGAGACUUGGCUCAUCUACAAACACACCAAGCUGUCCAGAGAAAGAGACAACAGCCGAGUCCGCAUGCACCAGAGGAAGCUGCUGCUGGCCAUCCAACGGCUGCGUCAGGUAAAGCAGGAGAAGAGGACACUUGCAGACCAAAGCAACUCAUUAGUGGACCUCGGCAAGGUGAGAGAGAUGGAGUCCCUGAUGUACAACGUGCUGGCCGAGGUGCAGGGCUGCAGGGGGGAGCUGGACUCCCACAUCCACAGCCUUGAGAAGAACGUGGAGGAGCUGAGGGAGGGCUUCAGGGGCCUGAUGCCGCUCCUGUCCAACACCCUCUCCACACAGAACUCCUCCAUCCGCCACCUGCUCAGGGAGAGGGAGGCGAAGGCCGAGGCGGCUAGCGUGAGUGGGAGCGACAGGUAGAGGAGGCUCUGAGCUGGAGGCUUCUCAAGGUGUAAUGCAUGGUUAAUUGUUAAGAACCUUGGUAGACCAUUUUCUGUAUUGACAUCCCAUCCAAAUUUAGAAAUUCACUUUUCAUGACGGGUUUUUUUUAAAUCACCCCUGGAGUAACUGAAAAUCAAGAUGUGCAACCAAACUGAAACUCAGCAUGCAUCUGCUCUGACAGGUGAACCAUUUGAGUAUAAGACAUUAUGAUUCAAGGUUCAAGUUCUCAAAUGAAUAUUUUAAAUUGUGGACAUGUUAUCCCAAAAUGUUUUUUUCUAAGCAAGGACCCAGAAAAGAUUAUAAAUAUUCCAGGGACCCACUAAUGUGGAAUGUUUUUACACUUCGUUCUGAAAGAACACAAGUGAAAUUCAGAACUUGACACCUCCUCCUACGACUGACUGACUUUACUGAGCACGGGGAGAAGGUCACUGAGGCGACAGCAUAAUCUACACUCGAGAAGAAAACGAUUUGAUGAUGAAACGAGUCACACUGACUUCCUCCAACAGCAACAUGAGAUCUUUACAGUAACUAGUGAUAAAUGUUCUCAGCCUUCGAAAGGGGGGAGCCAAUGGUCUAGCUCAACCCUUCUGCAAGCUGAGGUUAAUCUGGCACUGGAAUGAGAUUGGAAGACCACGAGAGAGGAAGUCCAGUCACUUGGCAGUGCAGCCCACGUCACACAUAUUAGAUAUUAGACAUGUAUACCCAUGACUAUAAAUAACUGUUAAUUAAAAUACAAAGUGAGAAACUCAAAGAUGAAAUGGUUUAACUCAAUCAGUAUUUUUAACCAGAUUUAAUAAAUAACUUACGAAAUGAUAAACUGUUAAGUAUUAAAAACAAAAGAUUCACCUCAGAGUUAUGUCCUCAAAUCCAGAUUCCACACCUG